AUGGGUCGCAAGCCAAAUCCCAUCAUCUGUGAAUACUUCACCCGUGGACCCAAGCUCACCGACUCGAGCAACCGCUACCCGCACAAAUGCAAACUGUGCGGUGAGAAUUUCCCCAAGGGACGUGGCGAGGCUCUCACAAAACACAUCACCGAAAAAUGCCCAGCAAUCACACCCGAGCAACGCAUCAAUGCCGCCCUCAACCUCUCUGGCUUGCAGGCCCGCAGCCUUGCCUCUCGCCAUCUCAACGACCACGUUCGUGCCAGCAAUGGCAUCGCAUCAGCGAACGAAGCUCCCGAAGCGUGGGACGCCUUGCAGACCUUGGCCGAAGCCUCGCGCCAGGUUGGGGCAACGGAAAUGGUCCCUCAGAACAGGAACCUGAUCGACCCCGCGAUCCAGCAAUUCAACCCUCAUCAUGGUCAGCCAGAUCACACGAGCGGAUUGGAACUUCAAGAGCAAUUCACCCUUGAAAAUCCACCCCCUAGCUAUGAGCAGCCCGCCCAUCGAGAGAAGCCAAACCAUAUGCACAUUGAUGACGCUCUCACCAGUUAUGAGCUGCCGGAUCAGCGCGACAAACGAGCUGAUGAACAGAACGCCUCUACCCUCUUGACGGCAGAACAGAAACUUGAGCACCUUCAAGUGGCAACCCAGCAACAGAGUCAUGCUGUCUCGCCCGAGGACUCGGCAAGUCUCAAUGCUGCCGUAGCUGCCGUCGCUGCGGCUACCGCACGGCUCAACCACCAGCUGCUUGACGAGAGUCGUGACGGACCAUCCAACCAGGAGAUUGCUGACGCCCUUGCCUCGCCCAUGCGAGAGGUUAGCGCCGAAUCUCACCAUUCAGGCCCUCCCCACCCUCAGCAGCCAUGGGGUGAAAUGUCCUAUGUUCAUAGCAGUCCGAUUCCUCCAGCUUCUCUGAACCUGCAGCCUGCUGCUCACAUGGUGCAGGUACAGCCCGCACCGCUUUCAAUGUCGCCCGUUCAUGUUCGAGGCGGCACCCGGAUGUCCAUCGGCAAUGGCGUCCGGAGCGAGCACAAACGCAAGGCCUACAACCCUUCGCUGACGCUGUACUCGGCGGGACUCGUUGUGGUGCUCUCGCAGAAUAGAGUCAACCAAGCACGCAGCGCCUUUGAGCUGAUUCAGAAUGGAACCAAGGUGCGCGUCGCUAUAUGGAAUGAUAGCGUCCCCAUGAGCCUGUUCGCCUUGGUCACUGCCAGGCCUGCUUCUCCCACCGAGGAUUUGAAGACCGAGGAAGAAGCCGCAGAGCCAGCGAAGAAGGAUGAAGCGAAGGUCAAACACCAGGCCAUCAUGAUUGACCAGGACAAGGAAGACUUACCGGCUCGCAUGGAGACCUAUGUCCGCGAGAUGCUGCCUUUGCUCAUCGAGCGCGAAACCUCUCACUUUGUCCGCGUUGUGCUCGAAUUCGCUCAGAAAGCUGAGCAGAAGACUGGCGAUCUUGUCACACGUGCCCUCGAACUCUGGGGACUUAUCGAGAUCCUCGACCACGAGCGCAGCUGGACCAUAUCUGAGGAGCAGGAUGGCAAGUUUGUCGCCAAGACGCCCGAUGACGAUGGUGGCUCCACGCAGGACCUCUACACGCUCAUGACGUGGCAGCUUUCGGCCGCCGCCGAGCGAAAGGCGAACGCUGUGUCGCAGAAGCUUGUCAACGAGCUGCAGCGCUGUCUCGAGAACGGCAAGGUGACGCUGCACUUCGACGUGUACCUCACGAUCUUACUUCUCCUUCAUUGCCUGGAGAAGACGACCUGGACCAUGAAAGUCUGGGAGAUGGACGACUUCCGCCAGCGCUGGCCCCUGGACCGCCCGCCUUCUGCUUUUACCACCCAGGGCCAGGAGAUUGCUGAGCUGCUCAAGAUGCUUCUCGCUCUUCGGAAGGCGCACCCCAAAACGUUUCGCGGACACGGAGGCCUGCUCGAGGUGUUUGAGCCGCAAAGCCAGGCUGUUGCCGACUUUUUCGGCAAGCUGAGCCUGCAGUACGAUGAGGUCGUUGACCGCCUCAAGGGAAACUCUUUCACCCCGCGAAGCUCAAGCUCCCUCGAGUUCCAGUUCUCCGGCAUAGUUCUGCUCCCGCGGCAGGAGAGUGAUGCCGUGGUCGAGCAGACGGCCGUGCCAGCUCCAGACGCAGCUCAAAGGCCGGACCAGGCCAUGUCCGGAUAG